AUGGCAUCCGUUGGAGCCAAAUCUGACCUGCUAAAUGUCUUGGGAGAUGUCAAAGCCCGCGUCCAGGACAAGCUGGGAAUUGUGGAUUUUCCGAUGCCGCAAUUCAUCCUCAUCGGCCGGCAGUCCGUGGGCAAAAGCCGGCUGAUCGAGGCGCUGGCCGGGGAGUGCUUCAACUUCAUCUCAGGGACCUUGGGAAGCCGGCGGCCAACAGUCCUCGAGUUCCGGCAUGCGCCGAACAACACUCAAUCCAGGUGGUUCGUGCGCGACCGGAAGACAAAUCACUGGAUCGACCACCCAGUCGAUCAGGUCAUGAAGAUCGUGGGUGACGCCCACGAGGAGUGUGGCACUUCAGUCAGUCACGAGCCCAUCUAUGUACGCAUCGAAUCCAGCAAGUGCGUCGACAUGCAGAUUGUUGACCUGCCCGGCUUCCGUGACUUCGCCAUCGACACGGGCAAGCAGGUGUGGAGUGAAAGCCAGUGGGCCCGCUGGGGCCCCCUUGACCCAUCUCUGCAAGGCCCAACCGCCGACACCCAAGGCGGCUCUGCCCCUUUGUGCAGCGAGUGCUGCUGUGACAACCAAGUGAAGCCCUCGGAACCUUGGUGGGUGGAUGGCUUUGGAGAUCUUCCAGACUCACUGGUGAGGUUUGCCAUGACUUUGCCUUGGUGGCCUGACACGACCCCGAUGCCGAAGCCCUUCAAUGACAUCAAGGACGAAAAGGAUACGGAGGACCGUAACCAGAUGGCUUCGAAGGGCCUGAGCGACCUCUACAUGGGCACAAUCGGGUUCAAGAACUUUGUGAAGUACAUGGAGAGGAAGAAAAUCGAGCAGAUGUUCGCCGAUGCCAUCGACCCAGUGCUGACCAACCUCAAGGAUCUGAAGUCGACGGCACAGCAGCAGAAAAAGGACCUGGAGACGGAGUACAACGACACGGAUCCCCAUCGCAUCCUGAGCACGACCCGCGACUGCGGCAUCUCCUUCGCCACAGCCUUGACCCACGUCAUGGAAGGCGUUUUGGAUCUGCAGCCGGUCAUGAACCUGGAUGAGGAGCUUCGUGCCUUCCACACCUACCACACGACGCUGGGAUCUGCACACUUCAGCAUGCUGCCCUCCGAGGACUUCUGCAGCUUGAACGACUACAUUGACUACUUGAGGAACGAGAUUCAGAUCGGUGCUUUCGACGUGGAGGUCAACGGAGGUGCACAGUUCAGACGCUUGAUGAUGGAAGUGGAGAUCUUCUUGCGCUUCUCGGAGAUUGCUGUGGAGAUCAAGAAGCGCGAUGUGAUCCAAGCCCGCGGCGUCUCCAUGAGCUCCCUCACCUGGCGCGACGUGGUCGUCAAGCUUCUCAGCCACGAGGCUCACCUGCCUUUGCAGCGGCGAGUGGCCUACGUCGGCGAACGGAUCAAGUGGUUCUUCGAGAUCCAGAUGCCCGGCGACAGAGAAAAGGCCCAAGCCCACUCUGACCCCACCCGGGAGACAAGGAAAGAUGCCGUCCUGGAGUUCAUGACAAAGCUCGAGGGGUUCUCCCCGCUCUACCCGCAGCACGCCAAGCUCAUCAAGCAGAACGCCAUGAUCAAGCAUGCGGUAUGGCAGACCUACGACAAAAGUUGCGGACGGCAGCUUGGCCCGGGGCCCGGUACGAUACGACGUUGA